UUUGUUUAGAAGUUAUUAGCUCAAGAGCUAAAGAAAGCCAAAACGAUUAUCACGGGUAAAACUGACAGAAUGGAGUUGUACCGACCUAAACCCCUAAAGCUUGCCUAUGGGAAGAUUGGCCAGUACCGAAGAAUUCAGCAACCCAAAAGGAAAAAUGGCUCCAAAAGUAAAGGGAUACAAAGAUGGCAUAGAGCUGUUUCUACCAAACAGAAUGUAUUGGUUCCCAAUGAGGAAUCAUUGAAUGAAAGUGACUUGGAGUUUCAUGAAAGCCAAAAUAAUCAGAAAAAAAACUUGAUGGAGAAAAUGAAGCGAGCUUUUGGGAAAAUGCUGCCCUGCAAAUGUGGAAGCCAGUCAGGCCGUGCCUGCAGGGAGAGCUCUGCAGGGCAGAGGGAAGCCGCCCUCUCCAACACACAAGGCCUGCUGCCUAGACUUGUCAAGGAACUUCCAUCUCCCAGGUUGUUUACCAAGACAAGGAUGAGAAGACUCUCACAGAACGCAACUAUACAGCUUGACGUUGUAGAAGCAGAGGCAGAAGAGGUAACCGGAGGAAACCGGCUCCUUCGAGCCAGAAGAACCACCAAGCGCUUAUCUGUGACUUCUCUUCCUUCGGGACUGCAGAAGGUACCAUAUUCAUCAAAAAAGAGACCACACUUUCCAGCACUUAAAAAGAAGAAACAGAGCAUGGAAGACAUCCUCCAGAAACCAGACCCGACAGUUGGAAAGCUUCAAAUGCAGGUAGAUGACCUCAUAGAAAGAGUGACUGACAAAUCCAUGAAGCUGCUGGCCCAAAGACAUGCUGAGCUUCAGCAGUGUGAGUUUUUAGGGGCUGAGAUCCUUCAGUCUUCGAAGCAGUUCCAAAGGCUUUCCAAGAGAACCACAAGGAAGUACAAGCUGAGGAGGGCAUGCUUCCCAUGCACCUGCUGCUGCUUCUGAAGUCCAAGUACACAGCCCAGCAGCAAAGAGAGCCUGCCUCAAACAAGGUGGAAGACAAGCAGCAACAGCUGAGGCCAUCAUCUGAACCUGACUUAUGCUCAAAGGUGUACUCCCUCUCAAAAGCAUGUAAACAUGUCUUAUGCACAUAUGAAAAAAAAUAUUUUUAAAAAUGACUCCUAAAGAACAAAAGAAUGGAGAGGAAACAUUUACUAGCCACAUUUCUCAAGUCCUAACAGAGAGAGAUGCAGAAAAGCAAUGUACCAGCAAUUCUUAACAGUGUGGAACGUUCCCUAUAGUGAACACAUACCACACGUAUUCAUCAUGGCCCCUCUAAAGCCUGUUCAUGGACUUCAUGAAUC